AUGACUGCCCCCCCCAACCCUCCCCCAACCCUCCCACCCCUCCUGCGUCACAGCCUGCGUACACCCCGGCCUUCCGGGGGGGGGGGGGGGGGGGUCAGCAGUGAGAGCCCAGGGGUCAGAAAACUGUGUGCGCAAAUCCGGGACCCCAAUCUAACCGGCCGAGCCUCCACAGACCAGCCACUGUUCCUCCUCAACGUCCCCUUUCUUUCCCUGGAGCGUUCAUACUGGAUACGGGGGGGGGGGGGCUGUGCUGGACCCAGGGGGGGGGGGGGGGGGGGGGCAGCGGGCGACCUCCGUGAUUUUAAAGAUAUAGACAGACAUUCCUCUAUUGUCGGAGAGCGAGUAAUUCAUUUGGCCAUCCUCCUGUCGCCCCUGACCCCAGCGUAG